UAAACACUUAAAUACAACACAGGUCAAAACAGGCUAAUCUGUUGUCUUUUACAGAGCUCACACAGAUUUAUAAACAAAUGUAUUGUUGUUAAUAAUCCAAAACAAAUGUAAACAAACCGCUGGAUUCUGCGGCUGGCUCAAAUGCUUCUGAAUGGGAAUCUUGGCGUUGGGUUGAUUUGUUGACAGGCUGAUAAGGGGAUAAUCAGAGCUGAUAUUUGAUUAGGUGUGGAAUACUGUAGCCUGUAUAAUAUCCACACUCCGAUUAAGCUCUUAUGCCUGCUGGUUGACCUCUAGUGCUUUUGGACUGUAGAUUUACACACUCCACAAUGUUUCCCUUGUGUUCCAGUGAAUUGUGUCAGAUUAUUUCGUAUCCUGCUUGCACCCUUGACUGGGGAUGUCUGUAAGCCUGCAAAAUUGGCAUUGGCACGUUAUCAUGGAAACCAACAUGUUUGUCACUAGCUUAGGCUAAAAUGAAAAAUUAGUGGGUGUUUUGGUGCUGGGGAAGUGAGUGUACCACCUCCUCCCCAAAAAGGUUGUGAGGCAGUCAUCCAUACUCCCUGUCCUUCUCAUUCAAGAAGCCCAUCCCCUUAUCUGCAUUGCUUUACAUUUUACAGCCGGUCUUAUCUGUAGACAUUGUUCGGAUUUUCGCCUUGGCUGGAUUAUAAAAUAGGUGCAUUUGUUGUGAUUUUUUUUUUUUACCUUCUCUUUUGUUUGGCCUCCCCAUCGCGGUCGGUCCCCUCUAUGACCUCUUCUGCCAUCGUCUAGCGUCAGCGGGGGUAUUAGCAAGCGCAUGUGGAAUCUCACAAUGGUCCGUCCUAAUCAUACGGUUAUUAAUAGCAUUAGCUUGAACUCCGAUGUGUCACUGCUGCUAACAGGGGGGUGGGGGGGUGUGUGGCUUUUGUGUCAUGUGUUGGUAGAUUAAUUCUGAAAUAGAAUUGACUCAGUCUCUCGAAAACAUGCAAUAGGCCUACAGGAGAUUGCGGUCAUAGAUGGCCUUUAAGACAGCAACGGUGCUCAAAGUUUAACAAGGGGCCACAGCCAGGAAGAUUUACUAUCAAAAACAUUUACAGCAGCACUGGCUGAAACAUGGCAAGCCAUAUUCCCACACUAGCAUAAUAACACUGUAGCAUAGAUGCUAUUUUCGGUCAAAAUAAGGCAAUGUAGAAACAUGCACCUCACCUACUGUCCUCACCAUCAUCAGGUGAAGGUGAGGUCAUGUUGUGACGGUAACGGAGUACUCGAUGCCGGUUGAUUUAAUUUGUAGUUCAAUGAGAAUUAGUCUUAUUAAUAAGACCAAUGGCAAGCCUGUCACAGAACAAAAUAUAAGAUAAGAAUGAGUAAAUGUUGACACCUUGGAAAAAAAUGGGACCGUCGACAUCGAGGGGUGAGCGGGGAAAGGGACUGGUGGUCGACCGGUGUCGACCCCCGGCCUCCACGCAUGCGUUUUCAUGCAGCUGUAACAUGGGGUGUAUACAAAUACACACAUACACACACGUUGACUGCUCAAGUAAAGUUCAGGGGCGUGCCGCGUGACACCCUUUUCUCUCCCUCGCUCCUUUCCCGGUGACGUCAUGAUACUGGGCCGCCGUUGCUGAAACCAUAGGAAUGCGACACACUUCAUGUAUCGGAGAACUCUUUUAAUGUUGCCUUGUUCAAUGCUGGCAGGUUAAGGGCUAAAAUAUGCCGCGUGCGACUGGUCGCUUAAUGACUUUUGCAAGGCACUCGUAACACUCGGUUUAUUAAUCCAGGAAAUAACUUUUGUUAAGCUGUCUACUUUGUGGCUGCCUCUCUCUUCUGUGUGUGGCUGAGCGGGCUCGGGCUGGAGCCGUGCCCCAGUCGGUGGAUUGUGGUUGCUCUCCCAUGACCGCUCGCGACAUGACAUCAGGUGGAUUGUUUCGUUUGUUUGGGUAAACAAGGAAGUGUUUAACGGCUGAUGCUGGUCUCUGGCAGCCAUCAUGUUCACCAAGAAGAAGAAGUCCCGUAUCCAGAUCUCGGCGCCCUCUAACUUCGAGCACCGCGUGCACACCGACUUCGACGAGCAGGAGCAGAAGUUCGUGGGGUUGCCACGGCAAUGGCAGUCGCUGAUAGAGGACACGGCAAAGCGGCCCAAGCCCUUCAUCGACGUCACGGUCAUCACCGCCGUGGAGCCGAGCAAGACCAUCGUGCGCGGCAGCAAGCUGGGAGUGGACGGCUCGUUGACCUGGCUCCUGGAUGAGUUUGACACCAUGUCGGUGACGCGCUCCAACUCCCUGCGGAGGGACAGCCCCCCCGUGCAGCCACGCAGAGACUCCGGCUCCUCGGUUGGGGGUGGAGGAGGAGGAGGAGGUGGAGGAGGUGGAAGGCAGGAGAACGGAGAUCCACAGCACAGACAAUACCAGCCAGCAGACAGACCCAGACCGGACCAGCCCAGCGGAGCGGACCCCCGCCAGCCCCCGCGGGCGGUGCGCCCCCCGCACAGGGAGGAGGGGCACCAGGGCCGGCCCCAGCAGCAGCCCCGCGGCCAGGAGCCCAGCAGGGCCCCCCGAGACGGGGACAGACCGGUCCCGCCCCCGCCCCCACACAGGGACAGGGAGCACCGGAACCCCCCCCAGGACCCGGUGGUCCGCCGGGAGCCGCCCAGCGACCGCAGGCCCAAGUCCAGCUACACGGGGCGGGGGGACGGCAGCCCCCAGUCCCCCCGGGACAAGAGGCCCCUCUCCGGGCCCAGCAUCCGGGCCCCCGUCCUGCCCGUCCUGCCCGUCAGCGAGGGGCCCCUGAAGCCCCUGCAGCCCAGCGCCCGGCCCUUCAACACCUUCCCCCGCACCGACAGCGAGGGGGGCCGUAGCCCCACCGGCCAGCCCGGCCGCCACCCAGACUCCUCCCCCCACAACGGCCCCUCCAGCAGCUCCACCCGCAGCACGGCGGGCAGCCAGCCCCCCAUCAGCCUCCCCCACCACCACGCCUCCCACCCCGGCCUGGGCCCCGACCCCGCCCGCCAGCAGCACCACCACCACCCCCAGCCUCCACCACCGCCCCAGCACCCCCACACCCCUCACCCCCCCGUCCCGGCCCCCAGACCGCCGGCCCCCCCGGGCACCCACCCCGCCGGGCCCCCCCCCCAGGGGCGCUCCCCCCAGCGGGAGCCCCAGAGGGUGUCCCACGAGCAGUUCCGAGCGGCCCUGCAGAUGGUGGUGGACCCCGGGGACCCCCGGACCUACCUGGACCACUACAUCAAGAUCGGGGAGGGGUCCACGGGCAUCGUGUGCAUCGCCACGGUGAAGUCCACCGGCAAGCUGGUGGCCGUGAAGAAGAUGGACCUGCGGAAGCAGCAGCGCCGCGAGCUGCUCUUCAACGAGGUGGUAAUCAUGAGGGACUACCACCAUGAGAACGUGGUGGAGAUGUACAACAGCUACCUGGUGGGCGACGAGCUCUGGGUCGUCAUGGAGUUCCUGGAGGGAGGGGCACUGACAGACAUAGUGACACACACAAGGAUGAACGAGGAGCAGAUAGCAACAGUGUGUGUGUCGGUGCUCAAGGCGCUGUCCGUCCUCCACGCACAGGGCGUGAUCCACAGAGACAUCAAGAGUGACUCCAUCCUGCUCACCCACGACGGCAGGGUGAAGCUGUCAGACUUCGGCUUCUGUGCCCAGGUGUCUAAAGAGGUCCAGAGGAGGAAGUCUCUGGUGGGAACCCCCUACUGGAUGGCCCCAGAGCUCAUCUCCAGACUGCCCUACGGCCCAGAGGUGGACGUCUGGUCCCUGGGCGUCAUGGUGAUAGAGAUGGUGGACGGCGAGCCGCCCUACUUCAACGAGCCGCCCCUCAAAGCGAUGAAGAUGAUCCGGGACAACCUGCCGCCCAAGCUCAAGAACCUCCACAAGGUCUCUCCUCUCCUCAAGGGCUUCCUGGACCGCCUGCUGGUGCGAGACCCUUCUCAGCGCGGCUCAGCCAAUGAGCUCCUCAAGCACCCCUUCCUCACCAAGGCGGGCCCGCCCUCCUGCAUCGUCCCGCUGAUGAGACAGAACCGCAUGAGAUGAGACGCCGCGGCCUCCCGCCACUAGAGGGCAGUGGGGUCCGAUCGAACACGACACCGGGACGACCUGACUUGAGGCUCUAGCCAAACUGAGGCCAGGAAUCACGUGCUGGGAGCAGCGUCUUGGGGACACGGGGGUGUUGGCAUUCGGAACCACAGAACACUAGAGGAAACAUUCCCUUACCGUGUGUGCGUGCGUGCGCGCACGUGUGUGUGUGUGUGUGUUGCCAACACUGUUCACGACGUCGGUGUGGUGGAUUCUCUUGGCUGACCCCUCCCUUGUGCUGCCCUCUCCAAAACCUGCCCCUCUGCCUCGUGUCGGU